GCUGUUGUCGGGUUGGGGGUGACGAAAUACAUGAAAUAAAAAAUAAAUAAAAAAGGCGAUUUCCAGAAACCAUCACUCCAGAGCCCCUCCCAGUCCAGGGAUUUUCGGAUUCGAGGCUUGACAAAGAGAGAGACUAUUCAAGAUGAAAGUAAUCAACGCUGCGGUGCUUAGCGCCCUGUUCUGCACUGUUGUGUCAGCAUCUUUGAAAGACAAAGAGGAAAACAGGACAGCCUUCUUUGGGGAGGACGUUCACAUCGAUGUGCCGGAUGGGAAUGCUAGUGAGGUUGUGUUCAAACCCAGGACCAAUCGGUCUUCUGAGGUGGUUCUGCUGCGAGCAGGCCAGUUGUUGAAGCCACGCAACAGCAUCAACUCCCUGGGCCACCUGGUGCUGGAGGACGUGCAGGAGGAGGACGAGGGGAUGUACAUCAUCAAGAACAUCAACAACAACAGCACAGUCAAGCACCUCAUUCUCAUUGUCAGGGACUGUGCUUUGGAGCAAGUGGUGAAGUACGGAGAAACUUACAGCAUCCAUCUCAACCACGUCGAUGGCCCCAUCACCUUGGAGUUCAGGUCCAGUCUGGUUCAGGCCAAUCAGACUGAGACACAACAUGCAGCAGAGCCUCCACCCGUGGUGCUGUACAACCAGACGGUGCUGGCAGAAGAAUAUGUUAGACGCCUCAGUGUGACAGAGAAACGGGUGGUGCUGCACUCAGUAAGGAUGACGGACGAGGGGAGCUUCACAGUGCUGGACCGUGAGGGCAAAGUCCGGAUGAGGAACUGUCUGAAUGUCAGAGAACACCAAAACUUCUUGCGCUUAAACUAUGGAGGAAACCUAAAGGUGAAACUCUACCUGCACCAUUCCAACGUGAACAUUGUCUACAGGCCCAAAUCAGACAAUCAGGACCGGGUCAUCGUGGACCAGGGGGUUCUGGUGACACCACUGGACCCUCUUCUGGAGGGCAGGCUGAUUGUGGAGGGAUCAGAGCUCAUUAUGAAGAAGGUCCAUGUGGCCGACACGGGUCUCUUCAAAGUGACAGACCUGUCUGGGUAUCCUGUGGCUCAUGUCUACAUAGAGGUAAACGCCUAUAAGCUGCCUCCACUGACUGUAGCGAUCCUCUCCCUGGUGGGCCUGAUCGCCUUCAUGCUGCUGGUGUGCCUGCUGUCCUGUCUCUAUAAAAUGCAUAAGAGGAAUGAGAAGAGCAAGAAGCUGAUGCUCCUUGCGCAGCAGGCCGGCAAGGGAGACGGCGAGGCUUUCAGACAGGUGGUCCAUGAGGCUUACACCAGGUUCGCUGAGGAAUCUCUGAUGCAGUCUGUGUGUGAUGAUAAAACCUCAGAGAGUACAGAGGUCACAAUCAAGGGCCUCGAGGUGUCCAAACCGGGCCGCUACCAAGCUCUGACCUCAGAAAACUUCUUGGAGAUGAGCGACUCUGGAGUGGAGUUUACCAACUCUGCCCUCCCACUGGACAGUGACACUGACGGUGCGAUGACCUACGCCUCCCACAAGCCACUCCUGAAUGCCGUCUCUCCUACAGCUGUGACCGAAGGAAUUCACUCAGAGAGCCUGGAGACCACUUUGGCCCCCCACUGCGACUUCAGCGCCAGUCGGACCCCUGACUCCGUCCUGAGUGCCAGCCCCGCCUCCAAUCCUCGCUCAUUUGCAGCUGUCACCCCCGAUGGCAGUCUGUGCGGUGCUGCAUCGCCGGGAGCAGCCUCCAGGGGCACCACUGGGUCGGAUUCAGCCAAGACAGAAGGAGGGGCUGACAGCGGAGAAGCUGGGCAGAAGGAGGAAUCGGCUCAGAGCACCUGAGAGGAUGCACCAGGGUGUUUUUUUUUUUAGCUCAUGGUCCUUACAUUGGCCCUGUGUUUCCAGGAACCCUAUCAUAUCCAAACACCACCAAGUCCUUGAUCACUGCAUUUAAAAUAUCACAGAAAAAAAAAAUUCAUGCUUGGAUCUUGAUGUCAGU